AUGACGCGGAAUGCGCCUUUCCCCAAGACCUAUACGUCGCAAUCCCUUAGUAAUGUGGGCUGCACGAGUGAACGAGAGGAGGAUGUCGUCGUUGCGACCGGUCUCGCAAAGCCACGAGGUCUUACCUUUGACAGUCAGGGACACCUGCUUGUCGUCCAGCAAGGAAGCGGCAGUCUCACUUCAUACACUAUCGAUGAGUCAAAUGGCUGUACUACCUUGGGUAACAACGCCACGGUGGUGGAUGUUGGCCUCAACCUAAAUCACGGUCUAUGGGUCAAUGGCACUACCCUCUACGCCUCAAAUGUCAACAGCGUCUACUCCUGGACCUACGAUCCAAACGCUAGAACGGUCAGCAAUCAGGAAGAGUUGGUUAAUGGUAUGGCAAACAGUGAUCACGGCACACGUACACUGCUAUUGCCCGAAUCUGCCCCAGGCAUGCUUGUCAUCACUCGAGGUAGUGGAGGCAACCUCGACAUCAAUUCCACGACUAUUGAGGGCGGAACAGCACAAGUCAGGGCUUUCAACCUCAACAAUAGAACAGGAAUAUACGAUUGGCUUGAUGGUCAGCUCCUGGCAUGGGGUGUCAGAAAUGAAGUGGGAAUAGCCGAACACCCAGCGACUGGUGGCAUAUGGGGUGUGGAGAACUCAGCCGACCAGAUUACCCGCAACGGCGUGGACGUGUCGAACAACAAUCCUGGAGAGGAACUCAAUUUCUUUGGAUAUCUGAACGGUACCCCUUAUGCGAAUCAAGGAGCCAAUUUUGGCUAUCCAUGGUGUCUGGCCGCAUAUAACCUCACUGAGCUGCCUAAUAGUUCAGAUUUGACGAUCGGCGAACAAUUUGCUUUCGAUACGGCCUCAACGUUGGACAACGAGAACCGCACUGAUGAGUACUGUUCUCAACAGGCUGCGCCACGACUAGUGUUCCAAGCACACAUGGCACCUCUUGAUAUCAAGUUCAACAAUUCAGCUACCGAAGCGUGGAUCUCCUUCCAUGGCUCAUGGGAUAGGGAAGUGCCAGUUGGGUACAAGCUUUCUGUCGUCCGAUUCGGCGAAAACGGCGAGCCUUCGGAUCAACCAGACUCACUCACUGCUGUUACAGAUAUAGUCAGCAACACCAACCUUAGUGCAUGUCCUGCUAACUGCUUCCGGCCGGCAGGACUUGCCGUCGACAACCGAGGCCGUAUCUUCAUGACUUCGGAUUCAUCAGGCGAGAUAUAUCUCGUAACACGAAACAGCACAUCCAAUGGCACAAGUGGUACUUCCACUUCUGCUUCGCCAUCUGCCACUGCAUCUGCUUCAUCAGCAUCCACUUAUGGCAUCUAUCCUACAGGGUUUGGUGCUGUCUGUGUCUUGCUUCUGUUUUUGUUGUUCUAA